AUGAGCGUCGGUUCAGAUGGCGUAUCGUCCUCGGACGGCAUUCUGCUGGCCACGGCCGGCUACGACCACACCAUCAAAUUCUGGGAGCCUCACACCGGCGUCUGCAAGCGCACCUGCCAGCACCAGGACUCGCAGGUCAACGCGCUCACCUUCCAGCCGGACCGCACGCUGCUGGCCGCCGCCGGCUACCAGCACGUCCGCAUGUACGACGUCAACUCGACCGACAUGAACCCCAUCAUCAACUUCGAGGGCGUCAGCAAGAACGUGGUGGGCGUGGGCUUCCAGCGCGACGGUCGCUGGAUGUUCACGGCCAGCGAGGACGGCUCCGCCAAGAUCUGGGAUGUUAAGACCGGGGGACUCCACUGCCAGCGGGUGUUCCAGAUUGAUCAGCCCAUGACCUGCAUCGUGCUGCACCCCAACCAGGUGGAGCUGUUCAUCGGCGACCAAUCGGGGACCAUCCACCAGUGGGACCUCCGGUCCGACCAGCGCGCCAAACUGAUCCCGGAGCCGGACUCGGCGUUCCAGCACAUCGACAUCGACAACAACGGCGAGCUUAUGGCCGCCAUCAACACCAAGGGCAACUGCUACGUGUGGGCGCUGUACGGCGAGUGA